UCCAAAUUAUUGUGGGUGUGAUGUUCCAAGAUAGCUUGGAUAGAAAUCGGACUGAAGUCACAAUCCGAUAAUUUCUUCGUCUGCAAAGCAGCGUGGGGCUGGGUGCUGAAACCAGUGAGGGAGGAGAAAGAUAGCACCGCGGCCACCGUCACUUGGCCAAGGGUGAUGGACAUUACCACCUUCUGUAGUCGUUUGGUGCUGUCAACGAUAGCGUUAGUCGGUGGAUUGCAGUACGGAUCAGUGGUGCGGGCGGUAAAAUUGUAACCCCCGUGAUGGAUCUACGUGUAUUUGCGAUAUGGACGACGGGUCGGGGUAUUUGGACCUGACGCCAAUCAGCAAUAACGACGGCACAGCAUUCUUUACGAACAUUGCCGGCGAUGGCGGAUUUAGCUACAAUCCGUGCUAUUCAUUUCAGGACAACAAGUGCCAGAAUAAUGUUGCCGUAUGUCAGGCGGGUGAUGUUGUCUGUGGCCAGCAAUCCACAGCUAAGUUCACCAUCACGAGUACAUCCCCACUGCAAGGAACUAUAGCCUAUGGCAAUGGUGAUAAGCGGGAAGGCACACCAAGUCUGGUACUCCCGAUGCUUUCUGGAACAAGCAAUCUGCUUCGGGUGACAGCAACUACGUCGAUGGAGUGGGCAUCUACGCCGGCCACCAAAGGAGCCCAAUCUACACGUUAGCCGCUGGGUUCGGCGUUGUGGAGGCCGCGUACACCAGUGCCAUGUGU